AAAAAUGCGCUUUGCCUUGUUUUAUCAAGUAGUUGUGGUUUUAAUUGUUGUUAAACUUAAUAGAAUCAAAGCAACUGGCAAAUUCUAUACAGCAGCAUAUAACAAACAGUAUUAUAUAGAUUACAAUGAAAAGUACACUUGGUUUGAGGCACUAAAUGAAUGCAAAAAAAUCAACAUGACUUUGGUAGCCAUUGAAACGCAGCUCAAAUACCAGCAAAUAAAAACGGUCGUAAACGAGACUUUUGGCAAAAGUCCCAGCAUUUGGGUGGGUGGUAUUAUGACACGUUAUCCAGAUUCCCGUCACUUUAUAUGGCUUACGACUCUACAGCCCUUCAACUACACACAUUGGUCUGCGGGAAAACCAGAUUUCUAUAAUAGCGAUGAAUAUUGUGUAGAAAUUGGUGCUGGCGCUGAUAUGGAAUGGAAUGAUGAUUCAUGUCACCACACAAAUGGUUUCAUAUGUGAAUACGAUACUGUGGAAUUAAGAGAAAUAGAGAAAAAACUAGAGAUCUUACAGAACAAACUGAAAGACAGAGCAGCACUAGAAGAGAAUGUAGAAAUGGAAAUAUUAGAGGAGGAGAAAUUACAACAAGAACUAACUGUGGAAAAUAAGGAUAUAGAAUGGCUUAAUAAACAGUUGCAACUACUUGAAGAGAAUAUAGCCGGAGAGCAAGAACUUUUUGAGGAGAAACUAAAUUUACAGCAAACAUUGCAAAAACAACUGCUACAAAUGGGGGAAGUUUUAGAUCAAAUAAAACAAAAUGAUUAGAUCAAUUAACAUGAAACCUAUUAGUUCCACAAUCGAUUUGAAUAUUACCGCAAAAUGAAAUUUGUCAUUAGUGCAUUUUAACACUUUCUUUUUUUCUGUAAAAUUAUUAGAAUUUUAAUAAAGACCUUAAUCAUUUAACUUUUCUUAACCCAAUUUUUUUUUUCUUAUUUUGUAUCGAUGCCAAUUCAGUAAAUGUAACUCUUGUAAUUCAAAGUAGUUCAAUAGUUGUUGCAGUCACAAACAAAACAAAAAUUAUGAAAAAUAUUGUUUAUAAUUCUCUUGUCCAAUGCACGCAAUGACUUCCGGUUGCUUAACGACAUUUAAAAGGAAGCUGUAUUUAUAAAUUUCCAAUUAAAUUUACUACUUUGUAAAAUGUCCUCACCAACCGUUGUGAACCAAAUAAACAAACAUACUAAUAUCUUGUCAACUUUA